GAGCCAUGGGUCUCAGACCUCCAGGGUUCAGAGGAAAGAGAGAUCCUGAGAGCUCCCUGCACAGUUACCAGUCCAGAUCAAUCUUGGGGCCAGCUAGAUUGAUCACACGUAGGAGGAGCUGGGUUCUGUUGGUUGCAACGUGAUUCUCUGGGGAAGUCUUGGCAGGAUGAACCCAAAGUUUCAUGCAGGUGAUGCAAUGGUGUAUGAGAAAGAGGAGCAGAAUUUUCAGCAGGAAAAUGUUGAGCAAGUGGAUAAACACAGAGCAUUAUCGCAAAGAUUGGAAAGAAAUGUGUCCAGGAGUCAUGAGCAGGGACAAUCAUGUGAGAUUCAUCACAGACCAGAAAGAAAGCAGGGAAACCAUCCAGGGGAGAAAGUGGGUAAAUGUAUUUCAUGUCAAGGAACUCAGAAAGACCUCAAGGAAACCACAACCCAGCAGGAAAUCCUCAUGGGAAAGAGAAAAAAUACAUGCACUGAGUGUGGAAAAAACGUAUAUGACUACUCAGUCCUUAUAAAGCAUCAGCAACUCCACACAGGAGAGAGGCCCUAUGAAUGCAGUGAGUGUGGGAAAAACUUCACUCGCAGAUCACACCUCAUUAAUCAUCAGAGAAUCCACACAGGGGAGCGACCCUAUAAAUGCAGUAAGUGUGGGAAAACCUUCAGUUGCAGCUCAAACCUUACUACUCAUCAGAAAAUCCACAUAGGGGAGAGACCCUAUGAAUGCAGUGAGUGUGGGAAAAGCUUCACUCAGAGAUCACACCUUACUAGGCAUCAGACAAUCCACACAGGGGAGAGGCCCUAUGAAUGCAGUGAGUGUGGGAAAAGCUUCAAUCACAGCUCGGCUCUUUCUGAACAUCAGAGAAUCCACAUAGGGGAGAGGGCCUAUGAAUGCAGUGAGUGUGGGAAAAACUUUACUCAAAGAUCAGGCCUUUUUCUCCAUCAGAGAAUCCACACAGGGGAGAGACCCUAUGAAUGCUGUGAGUGUGGGCAAACCUUCAGUCACAGUUCACACCUUAGUAAUCAUCAGACAAUCCACACAGGGGAGAGGCCCUAUGAAUGCCGUGAGUGUGGGAAAAGCUUCACUAGCAGCUCAGCCCUUUCUGAACAUCUGAGAAUCCACACAGGAGAGAGGCCCUAUGAAUGCCAUGAGUGUGGGAAAAGUUUCAGGUUCAGCUCAGCUCUUUCUGAACAUCAGAGAAUCCACACAGGGGAGAAGCCCUAUGAAUGCAGCGAGUGUGGGAAAACCUUCGGUCGCAGCUCGUGCCUUUUUCAACAUCAGAGAAUCCACACAGGUGAGAGGCCCUAUAAAUGCAUUGAGUGUGGGAAACGCUUCACUACCAGCUCAGACCUUUCUAAACAUCAGAGAAUCCACACAGGGGAGAGGCCCUAUGAAUGCAGUGAGUGUGGGAAAAGCUUCAAUCAGAGAUCAACCCUUAUUAAGCAUCAGAGAAUCCACGCAGGAGAGGGCCUAUGAAUGCAGUGAGUGUGGGAAUACCUUCUGUUCGCACUCAGCCCAUGUUAGCUAUGAGAGACUCUGCAAGGGAUAUCAACACCACAAAAACCUCUAAGGCUUAUCCAUACUUUUUUCUUUAAUACUUUUCCUGAUUCCCACAUACUAACUUUUAAAGCUGUUUGAACUGUUUGCUGCACCAUUAUCCCUCAGCUUGUCCAGAUGAGUGACUGAUCUUUGCCUUUUGCUAUUCACCCUGUUUUAAAGUUGAUCUAUUUGUCCUUUCUAUCAACUCUAUUGUCCCAUGACUAUUUCAAGUGUGUCUUUCCUAUCCAGAACGAGAGAGCAUCACAUAUAUACCAUUCCUUCUAUUGCAAAAUUAUUGUUAAAGUCAACAAUGAUACAGAUUAUAUCAUUUCCAGUUGAUCUCAUGUUGCUCUGGGUUGUGCUGAAGAGUAGUUAUAUUGGGAACUUUUCAAAUUAUAUGUAAAUGAAGAGGAGUAGGGGCAGGGGGAAAAGGGGUGAUUUCAGCCUCUGUGACACUGGAAGGGGAUGGAGUGACUCAGAGAUUACCUCCUUCCCCAUCACUACAGAACUGUUACCUUUUUUCUGAGCCAUGCAGAGUUUAUCUUCAUCAC